AUGAGCGUCCUCCCCGAGCAGAUCAGCCAGCUGGAGACCAGCGUCGCCGCCCAGUUCUCCGGGGCCCAGGAGUACAACCUGUCCGAGAUGAUGAACCUCCUGAAGUUCUACAACUUCGACCCGGUCGAGGUCGGCACCGAGGCCGCCAAGGCUCGCGGCCUCAUCGUCGCCCGCAUCAUCAUCAAGUCCCUGACCGUGUCGCCGCGGGCUGAUGCCGCCGCCGCCUGCUACCUGCUGAGCGCCACCCUGCUGGAGGACGAGAACGUCCAGGCCGCCCUUACCCUGCAGGAGCAGUUCGAGUGCAUCCGCCUCGAUGCCUUCUGGGCCUCCGUUGCCAAGCCCGCCGUGGCGGCCCUCAUCGAGCCGGUCGUCGGCUUCUUCGACAACAUCCGCGACGUCAUCGCCGGGGUUGUCUCCAUCACUUACCAGCGCCUUUCUCUUUCUCUCUUCGGCACCCUGGUCAACCUGUCUGGCGCUGAGCUCACUCAGUUCAUCUCCUCCAAGGGCUGGACCGUCGAGGGCGACGUCCUGUCCCUGCCCCUCGUCCCGGAGAACACCUCCUCCGAUGGCUCGGUUGUCUCGGACAACAUCCAGCUCCCUCAGCUCACCAAGCUGAUCACCUACGCUUCGACCUCCAACUAA